GUUGCGCUUCAUUCUAUACAGGCCCUGCCCAUCUGUGGUUCUUAUCUGGUGGAGGUGUACACAGGGAGUGUGCAAAUGAGGCUAGAUAUCAAAUAAAACGAACAGCGGUUAAUUUUCGUCAAUGGAAUUUCACCUUUUAGAGAUUCGUGAACAUAUUCUAAUAAGACUGACUUCAUAAGCGAUGGGAUCACUGAGUUUUCAUCCGAGUAAGCCCUUAUAUAUUUACGUCGGGAUGGGGGAAGGAGGACAAAGACACCGUGCGAAUUGCUGGUGGGUCGCCGGGAUUGUGUUGCUGUGCUUUGCGGAGAGGAUUUUGGCCCAGUUAAGAUACUCCGUUCCAGAAGAAGUUCAGGUGGGAUACCCUGUUGGAAAUGUUGCAAAGGAUUUAGGACUAGAGAUCAGCAGUUUAACUGGCAGGAAAUUUCGUAUUGUUUCGGGUCCAAAUCACGAUCUGUUUCAGUUAAAUCAGAACAAUGGAGUGUUGUAUGUUGGGAAAAAGAUGGAUCGUGAAGAGCUCUGUGAUGGAAGCAAGGUUUGUUUGAUAAACCUGAAAAUUGUUGUUGAAAGCCCACUGGAAAUACAUUAUGUUGGAGUUGAAAUAACCGAUAUUAAUGAUAAUUCACCGACCUUUCCAGAAAGCGAACAGCGACUGAAAAUCGCGGAGAAUACUCCUCCAGGUAAUCGUUUCCAAAUUCAUGCUGCCCGAGACCCCGAUUUUGGUGCACAUUCAGUUCGAAAAUACACACUGAAUCCCACGGAUUUAUUUGAUAUUGAAGUCAGAGACAGUGAAGAGGACAAGAUGCCCUUUUUAGUGCUAAAAAGGCCUUUGGAUAGAGAGCAAAAGGCAGAGCAUCGUUUACUGUUAACAGCCGUUGAUGGGGGGAGUCCAGCGAAAUCAGGAAACCUUAAUUUAACCAUCACCGUGCUAGACGCGAAUGAUAACCGACCUGUGUUCAGCAAAGAUGUAUAUACUGUGUCACUGGAUGAAAAUGCACCAAACGGGACCCUAGUUAUAAAAUUAAACGCUACAGAUAAGGAUGAAGGUUUGAAUAGUGAAAUUGAAUACAACUUUGGAAAAACACAAAAGAAAAAGGUGCACGACACCUUUGAAUUGGACAGCAUAACCGGUGAGAUUCGUGUAAAGGGAAACGUAGACUUUGAGGAAACGGAGCUGUACAGGCUAGAUUUGCAGGCUUCAGAUAAAGGUCAGCCACCCUGGACAGCCGAAAGUAGAGUUGUGAUUAAAAUAAAGGACGUGAACGACAAUAAACCAGACAUUGAAGUAACGUCACUGUCCAGCUUAAUCCCAGAGGAUUCAAAACCCGGCACUGUCAUCGCUCUCAUCAGCGUUGUGGACAAAGAUUCAGGCGUUAAUGGGAAGGUUAUUUGUAAAGUAUCGCAGGAUGUUCCAUUUGAUCUGAGGCCAUCACUUGAGGAAAACAUGUAUUCGCUCGUUACAAAGGGCCGUUUAGACAGAGAAACUGUUUCCCGCUAUGAUAUCACAAUAACAGCUACUGAUUGCGGUGAACCUCAACUUUCAACAGUAAAAACACUGAGUGUUCAGGUGUCAGAUGUAAAUGACAACAGACCAGUUUUUAGUCAGAAUCCAUUUGAGUUGUAUUUGAUAGAAAACAACACCCCGGGCGCACCAAUAUUUUCUGUGAGCGCAGUUGAUGAUGAUUUGAAUGAAAAUGCAGCGAUUACAUAUCACAUCGUGAGAGGUGAUGGUCUACAGGAUGCUAUUACAUCUUUCCUGAAUGUACAUUCGGAUAAUGGACAAAUCACUGCGCUGAAAAGUUUUGACUUUGAAACGCUGAAAACUUUCCAGUUCCAAGUUGUUGCCUCAGAUUCUGGAACUCCGUCACUAAGCAGCAACGUCACAAUCAGCGUCUUCAUCCUGGAUCAGAACGACAACGCUCCAGUCAUCCUGUAUCCACUCAGCUCCAACGGUUCUGCUCAAGGUGUGGAGGAGAUUCCCCGAAACGUCAACGCAGGACACUUGGUUCAUGGAAAAAUCGACCGAGAGGAGCUCUGUGAAAACAUUUCCCCGUGUUUGAUAAACCUAAAAAUGGUAGCUGAUAACCCCAUGGAAAUACAUCAUGUGGGCGUGGAAAUCAUAGAUAUAAAUGAUAAUUCGCCCACCUUUCCUGAUGAUGAAAAAGUAUUAGAAAUUUACGAGUCGACUCUCUCAGCGAUGGGAUCACUGAGUUUGCAUCCGAGUAAGCCCUUAUAUAUUUACCUCGGGAUGGGGGAAGGAGGACAAAGACACCGCGUGAACUGCUGGUGGGUCGCCGGGAUUGUGUUGCUGUGCUUUGCGGAGAGGAUUUUGGCCCAGCUAAGAUACUCUGUUCCAGAAGAAGUUCAGGUGGGAUACCCUGUUGGUAAUGUUGCAAAGGAUUUAGGACUAGAGAUCAGCAGCUUAACUGGCAGGAAAUUCCGUAUUGUUUCGGGUCCAAAUCACGAUCUGUUUCAGUUAAAUCAGAACAAUGGAGUGUUGUAUGUUGGCAAAAAAAUGGAUCGUGAAGAGCUCUGUGAUGGAAGCAAGGUUUGUUUGAUAAACCUGAAAAUUGUUGUUGAAAGCCCACUGGAAAUACAUUAUGUUGGAGUUGAAAUAACCGAUAUUAAUGAUCAUUCGCCGACUUUUCCAGAAAGCGAACAGCGACUGGAAAUAGCAGAGAGUACGCCUCCAGGUACUCGUUUCCAAAUUCAUGCUGCCCGAGACCCUGAUUUUGGUGCACAAUCACUUCGAAAAUACACACUGAAUCCCACGGAUUUAUUUGAUAUUGAAGUCAGAGACAGUGAAGAGGACAAGAUGCCGUUUUUAGUGCUAAAAAGGCCUUUGGAUAGAGAGCAAAAGGCUGAGCAUCGUUUACUGUUAACAGCCGUUGAUGGGGGGAGUCCAGCGAAAUCAGGAAGCCUUAAUUUAACCAUCACCGUGCUAGACACGAAUGAUAACCGACCUGUGUUCAGCAAAGAUGUAUAUACUGUGUCACUGGAUGAAAAUGCACCAAUAGGAACAUUUGUUGUAAAAUUAAAUGCUACAGAUUUGGAUGAAGGUUCCAAUGGCAACAUUGAAUACAACUUUGGUAAAAUACAAAAGAAAAAGGUGCACGACACCUUUGAAUUGGACAGCAUAACCGGUGAGAUUCGUGUAAAGGGAAACGUAGACUUUGAGGAAACGGAGCUGUACAGGCUUGAUUUGCAGGCUUCAGAUAAAGGUCAGCCACCCUUGAAAACCGAAAGUAGAGUAAUGAUUAAAAUAAAGGACGUGAACGACAAUAAACCAGACAUUGAAGUAACGUCACUGUCCAGCUUAAUCCCAGAGGAUUCAAAACCCGGCACUGUCAUCGCCCUCAUCAGCGUUGUGGACAAAGAUUCAGGCGUUAAUGGGAAGGUUAUUUGUAAAGUAUCGCAGGAUGUUCCAUUUGAUCUGACGCCAUCACUUGAGGAAAACAUGUACUCGCUCGUUACAAAGGGCCGUUUAGACAGAGAAACUGUUUCCCGCUAUGAAAUCACAAUAACAGCUACUGAUUGCGGUGAACCUCAACUUUCAACAGUAAAAACACUGAGUGUUCAGGUGUCAGAUGUAAAUGAUAACACACCAGUGUUUAGUCAGAAUCCAUUUGAGUUGUAUUUGAUAGAAAACAACACCCCGGGCGCAGAAAUAUUUUCUGUGAGCGCAGUUGAUGAUGAUUUGAAUGAAAAUGCAGCGAUUACAUAUAAAAUUCUCAGAGGUGAUGGUCUACAGGAUGCUAUUACAUCUUUCCUGAAUGUAAAUUCGGAUAAUGGACAAAUCACUGCGCUGAAAAGUUUUGACUUUGAAACGCUGAAAACUUUCCAGUUCCAAGUUGUUGCCUCAGAUUCUGGAACUCCGUCACUAAGCAGCAACGUCACAGUCAACGUCUUCAUCCUGGAUCAGAACGACAACGCUCCAGUCAUCCUGUAUCCACUCAGCUCCAACGGUUCUGCUCAAGGUGUGGAGGACAUUCCCCGAAACGUCAACGCAGGACACUUGGUGACUAAAGUCAGAGCCUAUGACGCUGAUAUAGGAUAUAACGGCUGGUUGCUCUUUUCACUGCAGGAAGUUACUGACCACAGUCUCUUUGCUUUGGACCGCUAUACAGGACAGAUCAGAACACUUCGCUCAUUCACAGAGACUGACGAAGCUGAGCAUAAAUUGCUCAUACUGGUCAAAGACAACGGCAACGUUUCUCUCUCAGCAACAGCUACUGUGGUUGUCAAACUUGUGGAGCCCAAAGAGGCUUUUGCAGCUUCUGAUGUUAAAAGCGCAGCAAAAGAUGAUGAGGACAGUAAUGUCAUAUUUUACCUCAUGAUAACUUUGGGCGCAGUUUCUGUACUUUUUCUCGUCAGCAUUAUUGUGCUGAUUGGAAUGCAGUGCUCCAGGUCCACAGACUAUACUUCUAAAUAUCUUCCAGAGACUAAUUAUGAUGGGACACUGUGUCACAGCAUCCAGUACAGAUCAGGAGAGAAGCGGUACAUGCUCGUUGGACCCAGAAUGAGUAUAGGAUCUACUAUAGUACCGGGCAGUCAUGCAAAUACUCUCGUGUUUCCUGAUAGGAGAAGAACAUCUGAAGAGGUAAGAGCACGUUUUUACUUAAAGCUCCUUGAUAAGGACACUGGUGAAAUUCGAGUGAAAGGCGAAAUUGACUUUGAGAAUAUGGAGGUAUACAAGUUGGAUGUCCACGCCACAGACAAAGGACAACCUCCGAUGAGUACCGACUGCAGGGUGAUUAUCAAGGUGCUGGACGUAAAUGAUAAUAAACCUGAGAUAGAGGUGACAUCUUUGUCAAAGAUUGUAUCAGAAGAUUCCAAACCUGGGACUGUGGUGGCUUUGAUCAGUAUUACAGACCAAGACGCGGGUUUAAACGGAGGACAAAGACGAGGAACGCAGUGCUGGUGGCUUGCUCUCAGCUUUUCUCUGAUGCUCAGCUGUGUGGAGCGGGUUACAGCUCAGAUAAAAUAUUCAGUUCCAGAGGAAGUAAUGGUAGGAAGUGUUGUUGGGAAUGUGGCAAAAGAUCUGGGACUGGAUAUCAGUUCACUAGAGGAACGACGGUUUCGUAUUGUCUCUGGAGCUGAAGAUGCUCAUUUUGUAGUAGAUCCGAGAAAUGGCGUCCUCUCUGUGCAAGAGAACAUUGACAGAGAAGAGCUAUGCAAAAGCAUUUCUCCUUGUCUGAUAAACCUUAAAAUGGUAGCUGAGAAUCCCAUGGAAGUACAUUAUGUAGGAGUGGAAAUCAUAGACGUAAAUGAUAAUUCACCCAGCUUUCAAGAGGAAGAAAGCAUACUGGAGAUUUCAGAGUCUACUUUCCCAGGUAAACGAUUUCAGUUGCCAGCUGCACAUGAUCCAGAUGUUGUUACUAAUACUGUACGGAUGUACAAAUUGAUCCAUAACGAUCAUUUUAGUUUACAAAUUCGAGAGAGGGGAGAGGACAAGAUACCAUUCUUAGUUUUACAGAAGGCUUUGGAUCGAGAAAAGGAAAAUAAACACAAACUGAUCCUGACAGCAAUUGACGGCGGAAAUCCACCGAGAUCAGGGACUCUUAAUGUCACAGUCAUAGUCCUCGAUUCAAAUGACAAUAACCCUACAUUUAGUCAAGAAGUGUAUUCAGUAACAAUACACGAAAAUGUAGAGGUGAAUACAUGUGUAAUUACCGUAAAUGCAACUGAUUUGGACGACAGUUCAAACGGAGAAAUAGAGUACGUUUUCGGUGGUCAACUUGACCGAAAGAUUUAUGAAAUGUUUAGCUUGGAUAAAAACACUGGUGAAAUUCGAGUAAAAGGCGACAUUGACUUUGAGACGGUGGAUGUUUAUAAACUAGAUGUACACGCCACAGACAAAGGACAACCUCCGAUGAGUACCGACUGCAGGGUGAUUAUCAAGGAGACGUCCUUCUGA